AUGACGCUGAACCUUGGGAUCGGUAUCCCCAACUUGGUGGUGAACUACAUCCCGGACGAGAUGGAUGUGGUUCUGCAGGGGGAGAACGGGCUCCUCGGCAUUGGCCCGUACCCGCUGCCGGAGGAGGUCGACCCCGACGUCACGAACGCCGGCAAGCAGACCGUCACGAUGAGCAAGUCGGGCGCUUCGUUGUUUGACAGUGCCGAGUCCUUCAGCAUGAUCCGCGGCGGUCACUUGGACUUGACCAUGCUGGGUGCCCUACAGGUCUCGAGCAGCGGCGACAUCGCCAGCUGGUGGGUUCCCGGCAAGGUGCUGAAGGGCAUGGGCGGCGCCAUGGACCUUGUCAUGUCGGGCUGCCGUAAUGUAGUGCUGAUGGAGCACACGAACAAGGAAGGGAAGCCGCGCGUGGUACAAUCCUGCAACAUCCCUCUCACUGGCGCUGGUGUGGUGGAUCUUCUCAUCACCGAGCUGUGUGCUUUCCGUUUUGAAAAGCAGAAGGGCGGGGUCCGGGUGAUGUGGCUGUCGGAGUUGGCAGAGGGCGUGACGGUGGAAGAGGUAAAGGCCAAGACGAUGGCCAAUUUCAAGAUCGACCCGAAUAUAAAGACGAUGCCGCUGGCGCCGGUGCCGGUGCCUCAUGAGUGA